CCUCUAUGUAUAUAAAGAUGGCCACGUUAGCCAACGGACCCGCAGACAAUCCCAGCCUCAGUAGCAACCACACGAGCCCCAACCCCACCGGGCACAUGAACGGAUUAAGCCACAGUCCGGGGAACCCGUCCACCAUUCCCAUGAAGGACCACGACGCGAUCAAGCUCUUCAUCGGGCAGAUCCCCCGCAACCUGGACGAGAAGGACCUCAAGCCCCUCUUCGAAGAGUUCGGCAAGAUCUACGAGCUGACCGUGCUCAAGGACCGCUUCACGGGCAUGCACAAAGGUUGUGCCUUCUUAACAUACUGUGAAAGGGAGUCUGCUCUCAAAGCCCAGAGCGCGCUGCACGAACAGAAGACGCUGCCAGGGAUGAACAGACCGAUCCAGGUGAAACCGGCGGACAGCGAGAGCCGAGGAGAAGACAGAAAACUCUUUGUGGGCAUGCUCAACAAGCAGCAGUCAGAAGACGACGUGCGCAGGCUAUUUGAGGCGUUUGGGAACAUUGAGGAGUGCACGAUCCUUCGGGGCCCAGAUGGCAACAGCAAAGGGUGUGCGUUUGUGAAAUAUUCCUCGCAUGCGGAAGCCCAGGCGGCCAUCAAUGCCUUGCACGGAAGCCAGACAAUGCCGGGGGCCUCGUCGAGCCUGGUGGUCAAGUUUGCAGAUACGGAUAAGGAGCGCACCAUGAGGCGCAUGCAGCAAAUGGCUGGGCAGAUGGGCAUGUUCAACCCCAUGGCGAUCCAGUUUGGAGCGUACGGCGCAUAUGCACAGGCACUGAUGCAGCAGCAGGCUGCCAUUAUGGCGUCUGUGGCCCAAGGCGGUUACCUAAACCCCAUGGCAGCGUUUGCGGCCGCUCAGAUGCAGCAGAUGGCCGCCCUCAACAUGAACGGACUUGCCGCCACGCCCAUGACACCCACCUCAGGUGGCAGCACGCCUCCAGGCAUCACUGCAUCAGCCGUGCCUAGCAUCCCUUCUCCUAUUGGGGUAAACGGUUUCACUGGUCUACCGCCGCAAGCCAAUGGGCAGCCCGCUGCAGAAGCUGUCUUUGCCAAUGGCAUCCAUCCUUACCCAGCGCAGAGUCCGACCGCCGCCGACCCCUUGCAGCAAGCCUACGCGGGAGUGCAGCAGUAUGCAGGUCCUGCUUACCCUGCUGCGUAUGGCCAGAUCAGCCAAGCCUUCCCACAGCCGCCUCCCAUGAUCCCACAGCAACAGAGAGAAGGACCAGAGGGCUGCAACCUGUUUAUCUACCAUCUGCCCCAGGAGUUUGGGGACGCAGAGCUGAUGCAGAUGUUCCUGCCUUUCGGUUUUGUGAGUUUUGACAAUCCUGCCAGUGCCCAGGCUGCCAUCCAGGCUAUGAACGGCUUCCAGAUUGGCAUGAAGAGGCUGAAAGUCCAGCUGAAGAGGCCGAAGGAUGCUAACCGCCCCUACUGAAGCAUUGUGGGAAACUCUGGAUAAGCAAGGUCUAGCACAGGGCAUCAGCUGAAUGGGCCGCAUUUAGAGAAAUAUACAUAUAUAUAUAUUAAAUAAUAUAUAUAGGAACGAGAACUGUUGGAUUACACCUUUAACAUAUCAGCAAAUAUCAGUCAAGCCGAAGACUUCAGAUUUACUCUCUUUCUGAUUGUUGAGACUGUAAACAAUUUCUUCAAGAAAAGUAACCAUCAGCUGGGUCCGGAGGACAAUGCUUGAAAAAUGAAAAAAGUAUAACAACAAAUCACAAGAGCAAGACCGACUAGGAUUUCUGCAGAACACUGAUGUCACCACAGCGACUUUUCUCCAAACAGGAAAUGCAAACCUUGAUACUGACAAAAGGAGUGCCUGUUUGCCACCAAGGAUGCGGUUGCUAUGGAGACCCCACGGCAACCAGUCACUGAGCAUCUAUCUGUCAUUCCUUAGCUAUAUAGGGACCAAAGGACAUAACUUUUUAUCGCAAACUUGUAGCUGUAUGUAAAUUACAGAAGUUCUUUCCUUUUCUCUUGAGCUGUUCCUAUAACAGUUUUUGAGAGCAAUUAUAUGAAAUAUGUAAAAAUUGAAAAAAAAAUGCUUAAAAACGCUUUUAACAAAUGGCAAGAUAAUAGUUCUUUGAUACUUUGGAGGAUCUUUGGUUAUACAUUAAUUAGAGUCUAUGAAACUUUCAUAUGGUUUUCUGUAUAAUAUGUAUGGAUCGGGUGGUUAAAAGGGCAGGUAAAGGAGGGUUAUCUGUGAAAAGCAAAAAAAAAUUAAAAUAAAAAAUAAAAAAAAAAAA